CCAAUCAACAGGCUCUGGAGUUCUGGGAAAGGGUAGACCAGGGACUGUGCUUAACCCAUUCCCUUACCCCACUCGCCACCCCCAUUCUUCUGUCUUCACCUGGUUUUUGUGAUCAGAACUGAGAGGUACAAAGCCCAGUUCACCCAUGGACAAGGAAGAUCUUACCCUGCUUCUGCCCCCCAGGACCCUGGAGGCCCUGGCAGAUUCCUGGUUACGGGAGGACUGCCCUGGCUUUGACUAUGCAGCCCUGGUGGCCAAAGCAGCUCCUUCCCAAGCUGUCCUGUGGGCUAAGUCCCCUGGAGUACUGGCGGGGAAGCCGUUCUUUGAUGCCAUCUUCUCCCGGCUAGACUGCCAGGUGACCUGGUUCCUCCCUGAAGGCUCUCACCUGGUGCCGGUGGCCCGAGUGGCCGAAGUCCGGGGCCCCGCUCACCGUCUGCUCCUGGGUGAGCGGGUGGCCCUCAAUGCCCUGGCCCGAUGCAGUGGGGUGGCCAGUGCCGCUGCAGCCGCCGUGGAAACGGCCCGGGACGCUGGCUGGACCGGGCAUGUGGCCGGGACCAGGAAGACCACUCCCGGCUUCCGACUGGUAGAGAAGUACGGGCUGCUGGUGGGGGGUGCAGUGGCCCACCGCUAUGACCUGGGGGGUCUCGUGAUGGUGAAGGACAACCACAUCAUGGCAGCUGGUGGUGUGGAAGAGGCUGUUCAAAGAGCUCGGAGGGCUGGAGACUUUGCCCUGAAGCUGGAGGUUGAGUGUAGUAGCCUACAAGAGGCCCUGAAGGCUGCCCAGGCAGGUGCUGAUCUUGUUCUGCUGGACAACUUCUCCCCGGAGGCACUGCACCCCACAGCAGCAGCGGUGAAGGCUAAGUUUCCACAGGUUGGGGUGGAGGCAAGUGGGGGCAUCACCUUGAACAAUCUUCCUCAGUUCUGCGGGCCUCAUAUCGAUGUCAUCUCUCUGGGGGCCUUGACUCAGGCAGCUUCUGUGGUUGACUUCUCCCUGAAGCUGUUUGCAGAAAGUAGUGAGACCCUGAAGCCUAGAUUUCAGUGAGCCGGAAAAUGAAUAGAGGGCAGCUAGGUGGCGCAGUGGAUAAAGCACUGGCCUUGGAUUCAGGAGGACCUGAGUUCAAAUCCAGCAUCAGACACUUGACACUAGCCGUGUGACCUUGGGCAAGUCACUUAACCCUCAUUGCCCCACAAAAAUUAAAAAAAGAAAGUGCCAUGUCGAAAAUGAAUAAAGAAGAGGGUAAUAAACUGGCUUAUCUUUACGGCUCAAA